AAAAAAAAGCUUUUUGAUUAACAGUUAUCUCUCUCUCUAUUUAAUAUGCCCAAGUCCAAGCGUAGUACCGUUGUUUCUUUAACCCAAACCGACAAGAAGGGUCGUGAAGGAAAGGAAAAGUUGAUUGAAGAUAUUCACCAAUGUGUUGAUAAAUAUGACUAUUUGUAUUUGUAUUCUGUCAAGGACAUGCGUAACACAUACCUCAAGGAGAUUCGUAACGACUUCAAGGAUUCUCGUUUCUUCUUUGGUAAGAACAGAGUUAUGGCCAAGGCUCUCGGUACAACUGCUGAAUCAGAAUAUAAGGAAGGAUUAGCAGCCAUCGCUAAGGAAUUAUCCAGCGAAGUUGGUUUGCUUUUCACAAAUAAGACUCCUGAGGAAGUCAAGACUUAUUUCAAAGAAUUUGUAAAGCCCGGUUAUGCUCGUUCCGGAGCUGUUGCCACUGAGACUAUCUCUCUUCCUGAGGGACCUGUUAAGCGUGGUAGCGAACCUGUACCUCACAACAUGGAACCUCUUUUAAGAUCUCUUGGUAUGCCUACAUCUUUAAAGAACGGUAUUGUUACAUUGCUUGUCCCUUACACCAUCUGUAUGACUGGUGAAACUCUUUCAACAAACCAAUCUCAUCUCUUAAAACUUUUCUAUCAUCAACUUGCUGAAUUUAGCGUUGAUUUAAUCAGUUAUUAUCAUAACGGUAAAGUUGAACAAAUUGAGUAAUUUCCUUAGAAUUAUGUAAUUAUCUCCCUUAUUCUCCCCUUCAUUUUCGUUUUAUAAAUAAAUUUUUUUUGUAAGUAUU